UACACUUUGAGGAUGGUAAUAUAAGGAAAGGGAAGAAUUGCAGUCACACCCACAUAGACGCGGUGCAAUCUUAAGCUCUUCCAUGUUCUAUUUGGAAUCUUUCAAGUGUAAUGGCACGGGCAUUGUUGGGAAGAAGCAUCACGUUCACCUCAAUGGUGAACUCUCCAAUUCGCUCCAUGCUGUAUAAUUUCUAUUAUCGGGCUUCGUCAACAAUUAUCGGUAAGGAGAAUGGGGUGAAGAAUCCGAAGACGGAUUAUGACAGGGGAGCUAACUCUGAUGCCCCUGCAAAUCAUUUCAGCCGAGUUAAUCUUUCUCCGUUGCUUUCCCCUGGUAUAACUCAUCUGGAAGAUCUUGAAAUUGAGCUCGUAGAUCUUGAUACUUGGCGGGUUUCAUCAGGUUUAGCUCAGGCAUGGAAUGAAGCAGAUGGAGCAAAAGAAAAAAUUUCUUCUUUAACAGAAACAGUUGACGAGCCGGUGAGUUACUCCUCGCUUGCUGAUGAAGCUGACUUUGAUGAGAUUGAGGACAUGAGAAUUCGCGGCAAUCUCUUUUAUAAACUUGAUAGGGAUUCCCGAGAGUUUGAAGAGUACAAUUUAAGCUUCCGCCGGAAGAAGACUUCUAGGGACACCACCAGGGAGAGGAAGAAAGACAGUCGAAACAAAGAGAAAUCAAACAGUAAAUCAGCCUCUGGAAAUGGAAAACUUCCAAAGCUUUUGAACAACAAACCGAAUACAUUUCCUUUUGUGGAAAAGGAUGGCUUUUCUGCCUCUUCAGCAGGUAAGAAGCUGAGAACCCCGACCUUUAAUCAACUAACGGGACCUUAUCAUGAGCCAUUUUGCUUGGACAUUUACAUAUCGAAAGGUUCUAUUCGUGCUUGCAUUGUUCAUCGGGCAACUAGUAAGGUUGUUGUUGUGGCUCAUUCGAUUUCUAAGGACAUGAAAUUUGACUUGACCUCGACGAAGAAUGCUACUGCUUGUGCUGCUGUGGGUCAAAUUCUGGUUCAAAGGGCAUUAGCUGAUGACAUCCAUGAUGUGAUUUACACACCAAGGAAAGGGGAGAAAUUAGAAGGGAAGCUUCAUUUAGUGCUUCAGUCUGUUAUUGAUAAUGGAAUCAAUGUCAAGGUGAAGAUUAAGCCAAAAGGAGCAAAGAAAGUUGGGAACCAAAUGGCAGGGUAGUUGUUUAAGAGCUGAGUCAUCUAAUAGUCCACAUUUUGAUUUGCCACAAGCAACUUGCUAUCACAUUUCAUGUUUCCUCUGUGUAACUAAGCAACAACAGA